AUGCCAGCUGUCAAAGGACACCACUAUGAAGAUAAAAGUAGACUUGACACGUCUAGUGGUACGAGCGACUAUGAAUAUAUUUUCUCCUAUGAACAGCAACCUACAUCUGUUUUGCCACAGAAGCGAUUGAUGUCCAUGAAAGAACUUUUAAUUCUAUUGUCUAUGUCUUUUAGUUAUGCAUUGUGCUUUAAUACCCUGAGCAACAUAUUGAUUCCAAAAACUGUCGCUCGUCUUACUGAUGGGACACAGAGUUUGUGGGUAGGAACAAUAAUGACUUUAGGGGCAAUAUGUCAAGCUUCAAGUCCCCUAAUUGGAGCAUACAGUGAUCGCAUAGGCAGUCGAGCCAUUUUUUUGAUGUAUGGAUCUGCAGUAACUAUUAUUGGUCUUUUUCUAUUUCUUCUUGCUGAAGUCACGGAGAUGAUGGUGGUGUUAUGUAUUGCACAAGUUGCGUCAGCUAUGGGUCUUUCAAUCGUGUAUAGUAUGAUAGCAGCUUUAUUGAAUGAUUAUGUUCUUGAAGAGCAGACCGGAAAAGGAAGUGGUGCAAUGGCUCUUCUAGCCCUUACUGGGAGUGGUGUAGGUUACGCUAUGCUGGCCCUUGACGUACCAGUUACUUAUUGUUUAUGUAGUUACGUACUUGCUACACUUUUUUGUCUUGUUAUUACAAUGUCUUUUAUACCAAAUGUGGAACCUCUUCGACAGUCUCAAGUUCCUAUCCGACUUUGUGAUGUUGUGACUGCUGCAUUCACAAUGCCUUCAUUUCGUGUCUUUCCUGAUUUUGUUUUCGCAUGUAUCGGUCGAUCACUUUUUAAUUUUGGUUUGGCAGCACAAGUGUAUCUGGUUUUUUUUGUACGUGAUGUAUUUGGAUCUUCUGUUCCGGUACGCAUCACAUCGGCACUAUCUAUUGCAGCACUUUUUGGUGGUUUAGUGGGUGCCAUUCCAAGUGGUAUUUUCUCUGACCGUAUAGGACGAAAACCUGUUAUUUACGCUGCUGUAUUUAUAUGUGCGUCUUCACUUGUGUUACUAUUGAUGGUGCGUGAUAUGGCAUUAUUGUACGCCGUCGGUUUCCUCCACGGUGUUGGCAGCGCGUCUUAUCUAUCUGUUGACCACGCACUCGGAAUCGCAACUCUCCCGCGUAAAUGUGGUGCCCCCGUUGACGCCGCGAAAGAUUUGGGACUAUUCUCUACAAGUGCGACCGUCGGUACUCUCAUUGGACAAGUGGUGUACGGCGGUGUAUUGCACGCUUUUGUCACGCACACGGAGGCUGGUAUUGUGCGCUACAGUCACCUUGGGUUUCUUGUCGUGUAUUCCAUCUCAUGUCUCGCGUUUGUGGCGAGUGGUGUUAUUGUGGCUCUUAUACGUGUGAAAUAG